UUUUUCUCCUAAUCGCAACGCGAGGAGAUAGUUGGCAUUUCGUAAAAGCAUCCGAUAAACAGGACGCCAUAGUGAUUGUGAAAUGCGAAAUUUACGCCUGACUUUUAAUUCAUUUAGCUGAUAAUAUAGAUAAGAUGGAAAGGUGGUCGGCUACACCUGGCCUGCGCGUAGCCAAUGCUGACCAUUCGGCAGAGAAUGUCGCGCGGGAAGCUCGGCUCGCUUCUACUCGGCCUCUUGGCCUGCUGCGCCGGAUACAGCAAGGGGUUCACCGCCAAUAAUCUCGUCUACCCCGGCCAGAAUGAGUUCUUCGAGCUGUCGAUCGUGCACCUUAACGACUUUCAUGCUCGCUUCGUCCAAACGAGUUUUACAUCCGGCACUUGUCACAAGGGCAGGAAUCACGAGUGCAUCGGAGGUCUGGGCCGCGUAGUGACAGCCUCGCGCCAGCUGAUGCAGGAACGACCGAACGCCAUUUUCCUGAAUGCUGGUGAUCAUUACCAGGGCACGCUGUGGUACAACGUGCACAAGUGGAACGCCACAGUCCACUUUAUGAACAAAUUGCCACAUGACGCCAUGACAAUAGGCAACCACGACUUUGACGAUAAAAUAGCUGGACUCGUACCUUUUCUCGAGCGAGCCAAGGCGCCCGUCGUCGUUACGAAUAUCGACAUCGCCGGGGAGCCUUCUUUGCGAGGCUACUUCCAGAACAGUACCGUCAUCACGAGAGGCAACCGGACGAUCGGCGUGAUCGGUGUCAUCAUCAAGACGACCAAUACUCUAUCGAGUACCGAAAAUCUUGGAUUCUUGGACGAAGUCGAGACGGUCAAUGCCGAGGCCGAGAGAUUGAGAGCCAGAGGUGUCAACAUCAUAAUUGUCCUGAGUCAUGCCGGACUCGACGUCGACAGGAUAAUGGCGGCCAACUGUCCCGAAAUCGACGUGAUCGUCGGCGGACACUCUCACACCUUUCUCUAUACCGGAAAGCCCCCAUUUAUCGAUGUACCGGAGGACGAGUAUCCAGUGGUGGUGAGGCAAACGGCGGCGGCGGCGGCGGCGGCGGCGGCGGGAAGCAGCCGCGCUCCGCGGACGGUACUGAUCGUGCAAGCCGCGGCCUACACGAAAUACUUGGGAAAUCUGACGGUGUGGUUCACUCCGCAAGGCGAAGUCGCCGAUUGGGAGGGAAAUCCGAUUCUCCUGGACAGUUCCAUCGAGGAAGACCCCGAGAUCAUGGAGGAGCUGAUGCCGUGGGCGGAAGUUGUCGAGGCGACCGGCCAGGCGGUCGUGGGCGAGACGCGCGGCUUUCUGAACAGCUCCUGUCGCAGCGGCGAGUGCAAUUUGGCCAACCUCAUCACCGAUGCGAUGGUCUACAGCUAUCAAGGCAAAGGAGGGCCGAAACAGUGGACCUACGCGGCGAUCAGCUGCAUGAACGCCGGCGGCAUAAGGAACGGCAUACCGCCCGGCGUAAUCACGUACGGCGACCUGGUCACGGUGCAGCCCUUCGAGAACACCUGGGACGUGGUCGAGGUCAGGGGCGAGGACCUUCGCCUCGUCCUGGAGGAGUCCGUGUCGCGCAGCUACGAGAAGGACAAGUUCGUGGGCGCUGGUUUCCUGCACUGGGCUGGCAUCAGAGUCGUCUACAACAUUUCGAAGCCCGCCUUCUCCCGCAUCGUCGACUUGAGCGUCAGAUGUCAGGCCUGUGAAAAGCCGGUGUACGAGCCAUUGGAUGAGGAGGACUGGUAUCGGCUGGUCGUGCCGGCGUUCCUGCUGAAAGGCGGCGACAACGUGACAGCCUUGCAAGAGCGUCACCGCCACCGCGAGCCCGGUCCUCUCGAUGUCGACGAAAUCACCGAGUACAUCAAGGCUAUCUCGCCGUUCAAGUACGAGAACGAGCAGCGCAUGCUACUGCUCGGGGAGUGGAGGGGUUGAAAUUUGUUAUUUUCUCAUUUUCAUCCAUCCAUGAGUGCGUACUUGCUGCAAAUAAAUGCGAUCCCAAAUGCAGAGAGUUAUUCUUCUUGCCUUUUCCGACAACGCACGUGCAUACGAUUCUCGAGCCGGACGUGCCUAUACGUCUCGCGCUCACAAUGGGGCAGCGACGGCCCAUAUGGUUUCCAAAUGCCGGCUGCGCGGCACGCGCGAGAGCCGAUUGCAAGGGAUAAAAAGAGAGGGGGAGAGACACAUUUUAUACUUACGCAGGCGGCGUCGACGAGCCAGAGGGGGCUUCUUGCGUGCGUAGGCCGUGUAGGGUCGCGCUCUGCCCCGCAGUCGGGCUCGCUCGCCCCCAGCUGAUGCCGCCGCGCCAGUAGAGCCUGCCGUAGGUCUCGGCUGUCGAUCGUUACGAAAUACUCGGCAGCUGCCUUGUUCUUGAUGUUGUUGCUGUUUCUUCGCACCCAAACGUAUCAGUAUGAUCCCCGAGCGAGACGACUUCUACCGGUUGCAGUCCACAGCUCCCGGCCCGCAUUCGGGGCAUGAUGCAGCUGCUGCAGCAUCCGGCGCUAAUCGACUGCUCAUGCUCUGGCGCGACCAUGACACUGACAGAACAGCCGCGAGCCAGCAGUCGACCGCCUGGUCGCGAUACCUCUGCUACGUCGAGGCGAUGCAAUCUCAGGGCCACAAGUUCGACCAGAAAUACCUUCUCGAGGCCAUGUUCCGCGGCAAGGAUCUCGUCUACAGGGGCAACUCCGCUUCUACCGCCUCCGUGUAAACGUUUUAUUUCUCACCACCACGUGUGUACCUAUAUAAGAAAUCAUUGUAACUAGUCGAUCCGCAAUUUUAAUUUAAGUAUAGAGGGAAAGGUUGUGUAGAAUAACGCAAAUAAAGCUAACAUUCAUUUUACACCUUU